AGUGAAUUUGAAAAGUGAUCGAAGCGAUACUUAACUAAGCGAACUAGAGCGAUCUUAUUUUCUACUUCAUCUGUUUUAAAAGAGACAAAAAAUGUCGCUGCUACCGUUUGUAUUUGGCUAUGAGCAUCCUCGUUACCACCGUCAUCAUUACUGGCCCAGUCGUCUUUUGGACCAAGAUUUUGGAUUGUCGUUAACACCUGACGAUUUGCUUGCGGCAGUCGUACCACCAUCUCGGUCAUCCGACUACUUCAGGCCUUGGAGACAGUUGGCUGCCGCAGCACGUGAUAUCGGCUCUAGCAUUAAGGUGGAUAAAGAUAAAUUCCAGAUAAAUUUGGACGUGCAACACUUCGCUCCGGAGGAGAUUUCUGUGAAGACUGCUGAUGGUUAUAUCGUGGUGGAGGGUAAACAUGAAGAGAAACGUGACGAGCACGGUUAUGUGUCACGGCAAUUUACACGACGAUACGCGUUGCCAAAGGGUGUGGCGCCGGAGCGUGUGGAAUCCCACCUAUCUUCCGACGGCGUUCUGACUAUUAAGGCUCCACUUGAAGCUCCAGCGUUGCAAGCGAAUGAGCGUCCCGUACCGAUAGCACGCACUGGACCAGUUCGCAAGGAAAUCAAAGAUGAAACAUCUGCUGAUGUCAAGUCGGAAGAGAAGAAAGACGAAAAGAAAUAAUUUUUUUCUAGAAGGUGGAGUGCAAAAUUUGAAUUUAAGUGAAGGUACACCAACAAGCUUUAAAUGCCGCAAACGUUAAUUCAUAGUGUGUAUCAACGGUUGAUUCUUUUUCAUUUGUUAUUAUUGUGGAAAUUUUAUCUAAGAUUGAUAUGAAGGAUCUUUUUUAUUUCUUGAGUUGGCAGUGCCAUAAGACUGAUAGCUACUUUUUUUUUUGGUUUGUAAGAAAUUUUAAAAAUAAAUGUUCCUAAUUUAUUUUU